UUCUCUACCCAGCGUCAGUAGAAAGACGAAGAGUCGCAGCAGCUAGCUGGACUUCACAGGCAGCGGUAUGUUGUGACCGCUCCAUACACGGAGAGAAGAACAGUCACGAUGUCUCCCUUUCGGUCUGGUCGGUUAAGAUGUUAAUAACGUUGUGCUACGUCUAUAUGUGGGUGCGCUUUCACAAGUGCUACUCGGUUUUGAUACGAAACAGCUUGUCCCGACUGAGCAGCGGCAGCUUCAGCUUCAGCUUCGGGGUCUGCUCCAGCUCGGCCACCGCUUCACGGACCGGGCGCCACACAGCGGCGCUCCGGCAGCCCGGUGUGCUUCCGGCCGAGGACAACGUCUUCCUCCAGCUGGGGGACAGGGCCGUCUAUGUCACGGAGCCUCAGGCGUGCGACGACCUCAGCAAGUGGACCGUGCUGUUGGGGUCCUCCUUGGUUUGCGGUCCGCGAAUAGAGAGCAUUUCAUUCAUCAUAGAAGCUGCGGGGCACAGAGUCGGCUACCAUUCUUCUCACACGUCCAAUAAGAAAGUGCUGAAGUGGUCUGACCACUGCCUCCCUCUGGCCCGUAGUCCCGGCCAGCCCUUCAGGGCCGUGGCUCAGGCCAGCGUGGACAACUUCAGUCUUCUGGGCGUGGCUUUUAUCGAAGACCGCCUUCAGCUGGACAAUGGACUCGCGCCUUCAAAGAUAAUCCCUGUCCUCCUCCAAGAUUCCACCCUCAGGGAGCUGCUGGAGAAUCAGGGCCCCAACGCUGAGACACCACCUUGUCUCUGCGCCACUGAGCCUUUGCACCGUCACCCGACGUGCUGUAAAGGCAGCCUCCUCCUCACCCCGCAGGUCAGGAGGAGGCUGGAGGAGCGGCGGGGGUCAGAGCCGCUCUGUGGCAUCAAAGGCCCGGGACGCGAUUGUGACUCGGAGGACCGCUCCUUGGUGCACCAUCACCACAUGGAGGGCCACAGACACCUCCAUCUGUCCAGCUGCCACGAGUGCUUGGAAUUGGAGAACAGCACCAUCCUCUCGGUGAAGUACGCCUCGGCUGAGAACAUCCCGGACCUUCCCAAUGAUGACUCGGCAGGACUGGACAGCGGAGACGAGACUGUGGACGAUGCUGAGCACGGGGCCAAUGGGUUGUCUGGGCAGGGCGAUGGACUGGACUUUACUAGCAAGCCACCCAAUGUUCUUCUUUACACGGGCGACUGCCAGCAGCGUUUUCAGUCAGUCCGGCAGAUUCUGUCAGAGUGCAUAAACAUGGAAGACAACAUAAUAUAUCCCCUCCAGUCAAAGCAGGCUCUCAGCGAACCUUGGCUGGACAACGCCAAGCUCCUCGUCCUGGCAGAAGAGGAGCCCCUGUCCCCACAGCUGCAGACCCGUUUUCUCACCUACCUGAGCCAGGGUGGCAAGGUGCUGGGGCUCGCCUCCACCCUGUGCCCGGCGGGCCUCUGCCUGGAGGCCAGGGAGGAGCAGCGUGGUCGGGUCGGCAGGCUGAGCUUCACCAGAGAGGACAGCACAGAGCUGGAGCUGGGCGUGCUGUCGAGCGGGAAGGUCUACGUCAGGGACACGCAGGGAGGAGGGGAAGUGGAGCUCUGGGGGGAGCUGAAAGGGGACGCUAUGCAUCAGAGGGACAUGGUUGUAGUCAGGGUGACCCACGGAGAGGACGGUGGGGAGGCUGUCCUCUGUCAGGCCCACCUGGAAAUUGCUCCCGACCCAAAGAAUUUGACGGCCAAAGGUUUCAAUGAACUGAAAGUGAGCAACGUGCUGCGUUACGAGGUCUUGACGGAGAUCCUCUCCUCUCUGGGCGUAAGCUGCAAGCUGAACCAGACUCCAGACCCAAGUCCAGUCCACCUACUGGCCACCUCUCAGGAGGCCCGGACCACCUUUGUGGAUUGGCUGCGGACACAUGCCGAUCAAAAUGGCCUCCUCACGUUGCCCAAGGCCUCGCUCUCGUUGGUGUCCACUUCGCGGCUCCAGGACGGCCCUUCGCUCCCCGAGGGCUCCGUGGCCCUGGUCACUGACUCUUUAGGCUCCCAGAGCUGGCCUCAGUUCAGCAUGGAGACCUACAGGGAGCACCUGAAGACCAGCCUACUGGGGCACACCGUGCUGUAUGCCGAGGUCACUACGUCCACCAUGGACCUACUGCAAGGUCUGACUCUUCACUUGCCAAAGGACGUGGGUCUGAUCGCUGUCUCUGCUCGACAAAGCCAGGGCAGAGGUCGGGGCGGGAAUGCAUGGCUCAGCCCUCUGGGCUGCGCUAUGUUCACUCUGACGCUCCAGGUGGAGCUGAGCUCAAGGCUCGGGCAGAGGAUCCCCUUCUUACAGCAUCUGGCCGCUCUGGCGGCGGUGGAGGCAGUCCGCACUCUUCCUGGAUACCAGGACAUAGACUUGAGGGUGAAGUGGCCCAAUGACAUCUACUACGGUAACCUGAUGAAGCUCGGGGGAGUACUGGUGACUUCCACUGUUAUAGGAUCGACCUUUCACCUGCUCAUAGGCUGUGGGUUCAACGUGACAAACAGCAACCCCACGGUGUGCAUCAAUGACCUGAUCCAGCAGCACAACACGCGCAAUAACUGCAGCCUGCAGCCGCUCCGCUGCGACCAGCUCAUCGCCCGCACGCUCUGCUGCCUGGAGGCCCUCAUCGCCAGCUUCCAGCGGGGGGGCCCGGAUGCCGUCCUGCCCACCUACUACAAGAGAUGGCUUCACAGCGGGACUCGUGUCCGUCUCUGGAGCGAGGACGGGCUGGAGGCCGAGGUGGUGGGCCUGGACCACAACGGCUUCCUCCAGGUGCACAACAAGGAGCAGGGCGUGGUCUCCGUGGAACCCGACGGCAACUCCUUCGACAUGCUGAAGAACCUGGUGGUCAUCAAGCAGCGUUAGGACCAUCAGCCUGAAGCACCAGCCUGAUAUUUAAUCUGACUGCAUACAUGCGUCUGUGUUGUAUUGACUAAUGCAUUACUGUGUUCCUGGGUAUUGGAUAGCUUUGUGUGCUAACCUGACAUCCAUUGGAGCCAGUUGGGGCAAGACAAACUGUGGCUGAGCCUGGGUUUAAGGCUGCUAGUGACAUGUGGUCCGCGAUAGGCGCCUCACAUUCAUGUUAGUAUGACCUGCUGAUUGGGGACCACCGAUUCAAACGAGUAUCAACACAAUAUAACUUGUAUGACUUUCUGUGAGCAAUAAAUCCUUUAACCCUCAUCUGAACAGCUAACCAGCUUUUGUUCUUGCUAAUGUCUGCAAAAUAAAGAUUUCCACAGAAAUACUUUGCUGGUGUCCUUUAACUAACAAGCUUCUGCUGAACUACAAAGUUUAUUAAACCUCUUUAGUAUCUUACUAAAUUAAUUUGAAAAUUAUUUAAGAUAGUAGCUUUUAGAUUUUAACAAGAAGUUAUGUUAAAUAUUCUGUCCUUUUUACUUUAAGAAAAAAUGAAGGAGCAUAUUUGAAUUAUGUCUUUAUAAACCACCUGACUGUUUUAGACACUGGAUGAUGUAAACUACAGCAUAUAUUAGCAUAAACACAUAAUACAUGUAAUAUAAUCAAAUGUUCAUUCACAACUGAACGCUAUUCUCUUUGUAACAUUUGUGGCAAAGUUGUAUUGGAUUACUGGUGUACUGAAUAAAGUAAUUACCCCCCGCUGUAAUUAAAAGUUGACAUACUU